CAAGAACUCACAGGUAAAACAUGCCCACAUUCCAUUUACAACAUGCACUAAAGGUACUAAUAAUACAUAAAGACAUUCCACCCCACCAACUAAAACAAUCCGUCCAAAAAAUCUCCACAUCCCUCCGCUCAACCGGUUCAUCCUCCAAACUCUACCGCACAACCUCAAAAGGUCUUGUCCCACUGAUACCCCGCCACACACUCACAUACGGUCCCGUCGAAACAGCCGGAUACCUCGCCUCAAGAACAGGGACAACCUACGCAGCCAUCCGGAACGUGCUUAUUCAACUAUCGAAACGGGUUCCAUCGUUUCAACCGACGAGUGUAUUGGAUUUUGGUGUUGGGCCAGGGACGGCAUUGUGGGCCGUGCAACAUACUUUUGAUACCAUUCAAGAACAUGUUGGAGUGGAUAUCUCGGUGGAUAUGUUACGUGUUGCAGAGAGGAUGGGAUCAAGACUUGGUUUUAAUUUAUUGACGAAACGGUAUUUACCACCUCAACCCCAACCAGCGGAUCUAGUGAUUUGCGCAUACACAUUAAGCGAUAUGCCGUCCUCUCAACACGAACAAACUGUCCAAUCUCUAUGGGAUCACACACGGGAUGUUCUAGUUUUGGUGGAUCGAGGGACACCCGAGGGGUUCAACAUGAUUGCAAAGGCACGGGCCCAGAUAUUGGGAUUAGGAAAUGCCCAUGUUGUGGCGCCUUGUCCGCAUGAUGGGGCGUGUCCAAUGGGGCGAAACAGAAUUCAUGAGGAUGCGAAAUUUUCGUUUGUGGUUUUGAGGAGGGGUUUGCGGCCGUCUGUGAAGAGUGAUGCACAGAGCAGUGUACAAGGCUUUGCACAAGGGAAUGUGCGACAUGACAAGGAAUUCAACACGGACAUGCACACUGAAGCCAAUGCACAAGGGGAUGCGCAACAUGACAACGAAUUCAACACGGACAUGCAUACGGCAGCAUACACCUGGCCACGCAUCAUUGCCCCCCCACUAAAACGCGACGGCCACGUCAUCCUAGACUGGUGCAGCCCCUCUGGCCACCUCGAACGCGCAACAAUCACAAAAACAAAAGGCGGUAAAAUGCAGUACUUUGAAGCCCGCAAAUCACAUUGGGGGGAUACAUGGCCCCAUCCACCCGUUCAUGUCAUUCCAAAGCAGAAAAAAGAAUAA